UUUUGUUUUGUUUUUAUUUUUUUUAUCAUUUGAAUAAAGUAAAAGUCAAUUCUGAGUUCAUACAGUUCUAACAAGCUUGAAACUCAAUACUUGGUAUGAGCCAUCCUUAAGAUGGACCAACUGAAGGGAAAAAUCUUCUCUCACGUCUUGUGUCAGGUCUUUGCUAGAUUUUUUUUUUUUCUUCUGUUUCUUAAUCGCAUAGAUGUGUGCAGGUUUUGGCCAACAGUUCUUUGGGAAUCACCUUGUUGGUGCAAACAUGCUAGUUUGUGCCUGUCACACUUUAAUCUUUACCAUUUUCUACAGAUUCAACUUAACAAAUAGUUACUACCAGCCUCUUAUAACACCUACUUUAUUCCAAAGUGGCUAAAUAUAGAACUUGGUUCUUUGUUUGUUAUGUGCAGACACAACACUGGUGCCUUUUUUAAUGCAUGGAUGAUUCAUGGGUCAGGGUUAAGUGGCUUAAAAAAGAAAAACAUUCCUGUGAAAAUGGACGGGUACAAGAACUGGACUGAAAAUGAAUGAAAAAGCAGCCAAUGUCCAAAGAAAACUGAAAGAUUUCCAGAAAAUGGCCUUCAGAAAGUGUUUUUUCAGACCACUAUAAGAAAGGUUUGGCUCCCUGGAAAGAAAAAAAACCUAUAAUUGACACUUUUACGCAGUACUGUGUAACAAGACGAGAAACACGAGCACCCUUAAAUAAAUGCCCUGCAAGUUAAACAGUUAUCCAGUGCUCCUAAAAGUCCAUUUAGUUCAUAUAUUUGCUCUGUACAUGUGUUUCAGGAUGAAAAGAGUGCUUUCUCCCUGUACUGGUCUUGUAUGCCCUGCAGAGACAGGCUGUAAUCAGCAGGAACGUAAUUAGAGAGUAUUCAGUGCAGGCCAAAAAAAAGUUGUGGAACUCGCCCCACCAAGAAUAGAAAUACCCUUUUCCGAAGAACUUGGGACUAACAUGCACCAACUGCAACAUAUUUGUUUUAAAGAUAAACACUGAGGCUAAGGUUGUAUCUGUCAGUCAGACUGUGAAUGGACGAGCACAUACUGUGGCAAAUUAGCCUUUCAUUGCAAAUAAAGACUGUUUCUAUUUGUAGAGCAUCCCGUGUAUCUUUUGUCCUGUUAGUGUGAAGUAUCACCAUGUUCAGAUCAAAUGUUUCUCAAAAAAACAUAUGUAUGAUAAAAAAAAUCUGGUCCCACAUGGCCGGCUACAUGAACUUACCAAGAGUUAGGCUGUUGGAGGAUAGAAAGUUCAGAAAGAAAAAGAGGGAGGAGAACCUGAAGAUGGAGGGCUGGACAUGAGUUUGAGGUGAGGAUACUUUUAAGAGCUCAGUAAAACAACAAGUCGGCACAAGUCAGCAGGGAGGGCGAAUCCUCGGAAACGGUCUUCCACUCUUACUUUCUCGUCUGUCCGUCUUGUCUUGUCUCCCCCUUUUCCUCCCUCUUUCUGCAGUCUUACUCACAGCUUCGUGCUGCACAGAAGAGAAGCCAAGGCUAGCACAUCCUGACUCAAAGAGAAGAUGAAGUCUCACUUGGUGUUUCAGGUCUCCUGUGUGACCCUGCUCUCGCUGUGCUGCUCUGUGUGUCACGCCACACCUCUGUUCUACAACAUAUCCAUGGACGGCAGCGGAGAUGAAGCCGAGCUGGAGCUCCUUUUCCCGGUGUCUUUCUCCACCCGCGCGCCUGUUCACGUUACCGCCGCUACCGGGAGUCCCACUCUCACCAACACCAUAACCACCACCAUGAUCCGUCUGAAGGACUACGUCCUGACCCGAGUAGUGGACUUCCUGCAGGAGAACAUGCUCAUCAUCAUCGUGGUGACCUCUCUUCUCAUCGUCAUGGUCUUCAUCAUCUGCUGUGCCUCUGCAAUGAGUCACAAGCGCAAGCUGGAGGCAUAUAAGCCCCUACCUCAUCCACCCAGGAAGUAUACGGCCGAUAAAGCCGGAGGACGCAAGGAUUCAAGUGACCUGCAGGAGAAACCGUACGCCGUCGAUCACGUCAAGAGGGUCCAGACUCAGAGCAUGUCCUCCCCGAAGAACCUGCGGAUGCCCUCCAAGGCGCUGGUGGGAGAGAGAGGGAGAGACGUCCGGUCAUCACCUCGACAGGAGGUCAGAAAGGUCAGAGAUACAGAGGCAGUGGAAAAGCGGAGAGAGGAACCAAAACACAAAGAGAAGGUGAAGCACAGGGAGGAGGUUCAGCAGAGCUCCAGUCCCAGCACCAGCUCCAGCUCUAGCUCCAGUCAGCCAGUCUGCACCUGCCAUCUGAAAAAAGGCCACCACUAGGUCACAGUGGUGGCCUUUUUCUCGCUUUUUAAACAAGAUCAGAAACGGGCAAAGGCAAAAUGGGUCCUCAAAAUGUGUUUUCAUUAGAAUAGCCUUACAGAGGGAAAUAGGUCUAUAUUUAAGUGAAGUCAUGCCUCAUGAAGAAAAAUUACCCAUCAUUAAAGUCUAAGAUCUAGAUUUAAAUAUACAGUGAAGAGGAUUAUUACCCAAAUCACUGGUUACUGAAAAGAUUACAAAUGGUACAGCUCAAAUUGUUUGAUUGAUAAGCAGGCACGAGGAAAGAUAGCAGCAUACCGAGACCCUUUUAACGGCCACUUUGUCUUCAUGUGCCGAAAACAACUUUAACUUGGCAUGGCAAGCACAGGAUUUUUCUUUUUCCUGUAAUUACUGAAAAAAACAUAACACCACUGUGCUACUGAGGCAGUAAAACUUUAUAUAAUAAGUAUUAUUUUCCUGUGAAUAACACUUUCAAAGGGAACUAAAAUAAAGUAUUAUUCCACAUACCUGUCCAAAGGAAUCUCCUCAUUAUGUCCUGCUGGAGUGAAAACAUCUGGAUCCGUCAUUUAGAGCAACACGUUCGGUGCUGUAAAUAAGUCAAAGUGAAAUGUCAGUAAACUUGACGUGAUAAGUAGCAAAACUUUCUCUUUAUAUUUACAGUUAUAUUUACUUCAUUUUGUUUGCAUCGGGUUGUUAAGUUUCACAUGAUAUCAUAUUUUAUUUUAAAAACCUUUUAACUGUGUUAUUUUUAGGUAUCUGAACAAAGGCUGUAUAAACUACCACAAAUCUACUAUGUGUACUGCAUGUCAUGGUAAAAAGAGAUCACAGUGUAUUUCAGUUCUAAGGUUUCACAUAUCAGGACAUAUUAAAGAAUGAUCAGGUCUUAAAUUGAAAAACUGCAGACCAAAAUGCAGAAGCAGAGUGUGAAACAUUAAGUGCGCUCCUUUAGCUGCGAUAAUCUGAAGUCAUUGUUUUCUGAAUGACUUUACGAGUCUCACGUGUCGUUGUGGAGGAAGUUUGGUCCAUUCUUCUUUGCUGCAGUGGUUCAGUUCAUUGAGGUUUGCGGGUAUUUGGCCUGCAGCAUUACAAUCGAGCUGAGAUCUGAAAUUUGGCUGAACCAUUGCAACAAUCAUUCUGUUGUAGAUUCGAUGUUGUGUUUGGGAUCAUUGUCCUGAUGUAUAACCAAAUUUAGGCCAAACGUAAGCUGUCAGACAGAUGGUCUCACAUUAGACUCAACAAUACUUUGGUAUGCAGAGGAGUUCAUGGUGGACACAGUGGCUGCAACCAACGUGCUUGACAGCUGUUAUGAAGUGUUUGUGCUGAUAUGCUGUGUUCAGUUUUCCCUAAACAUGGCGCCGUGCACAGUGACCACACAUGUCUGCUUUGGUCUUGUGGUUUAAUCAGAUGUAACCUAAGCAUCUCUACUGGCAACCCUUCCAAAUAAGCCACAUUUGUUAAGUCUUUUCUUUGAUAAUUGUUUUGUCAUGAACUUUAACAUUUAACAUGCUAACUGAGGCCUGCACAGUCUGAGCUGUAGAUCUUAGGGGCGUGGACCUUGUGGUGAAUUUGCUGGGACAUUUUCCACUUGUGAAUUAUAUUUCUCACUGUAGAGUGAUGGAGUUCAGUUUGUUUGGAAAUGACCUUAUGACCUUUCCCACACUGAUGACUGUUGCUGAUGUCUUUCAUCCUCAGCAUUGUGUCAACACACCUGAAUACCACAGACCUACAAACCUCUGAUUUUAUAAAGGUGCUCACACCUGCCAAUGAUUAGUUAAUCAAUGAUUAGUUAAUCAAAUGAUUAGUUAAUCA